UAUAAAUCCAUGCAGGAUGGAGCAGGUCUAGAGGCAAAGAAUCUAGGACUUCUGGUUGCUGAGCUUUCAGCCAAAGACAUCUUCUCCAGAAGGGUGAAUCCAGAUGCUAGAAGCAUUGGCGGCAUAGACUGACCAUGGAGAGGCUGUUGUGGUGCUUCCUGGCCUUGAUCGGCUUCUCUAGUGUUUUGGGCCAGACAGACUUGCAUAAGAAGGCCUUCGUGUUUCCCAAAGAGACGGAGAAUUCCUACGUAUCUCUGAAAACACAGUUAGAGACCCCACUCAAAGCCUUCACCGUGUGUCUCUAUUUCUACACAGAGCUGGCCCAAACCCGCAGCUACAGCAUUUUCUCUUAUGCCACCAGGCAGCAACCUAACGAGAUCCUCAUAUUUUGGUCUAAGGGUAAAGGCUAUACUUUUGGAGUACAUGGGAAGCAGGUAUCAUUCCAGAGUUUCGAAAAUACUCAAGCUCCAACACACAUCUGUGCCAGCUGGGAGUCCACCUCCGGAAUUGCAGAGCUCUGGGUGAAUGGGAAACCCCGGGUGAGGAAGAGUCUGGAGAAGGGAGCCUCUCUGGGGAAAGAAGCCAGCAUCAUCCUGGGGCAGGAGCAGGAUGCGUUCGCUGGGGGCUUUGAUAGAAACCAGUGUUUGGUGGGAGACAUUGGAGAUGUGAACAUGUGGGACUUUGUGCUGUCGCCGGAAGAGAUUAACACUGUCUAUGUUGGUGGGAACCUCAGUCCUAAUGUCCUUAACUGGAAGGCGCUGAACUAUGAAGCAAAGGGUGAGGUGUUCGUUAAGCCUCAGCUGUGGUAGUGAGGUUGGGCUGUGGUCCUGGAAGUGCCCCCUGGCAAUUCCACCCUAUGGCUCUGGACCUCCCCACCCCUGUACACGCCGCUGCAGGCCUGCUCUGUGAACACAGGCUUUUGCUUCCCUGCUCUACCUUCCUUAACACCAGAUGGAAUUUUUAAGUAUCUGGCUUGGGAGAUUGGAAAGCUUUGCCCACAAGGUCAGGAUUGCAGAUGCUUUGGGAUUUCCUGUUUUUUUUUUUUUUUUUAAAUUGAUUAUCUUAGAUUAUUUUAGAGAUAAUCCCUUACCCUCACUUAGAUAAGAAGAUUAGGACCCAGCAAGGAGAAGUGAUUUUUUUUUUUUUUAAGUCAAAAGGUGAAUCUUUGGGCUGAGUGGGGAGUGCUGGUCUCGUAUCUAAUUUCCUACUAAGAACCCCCCAGAAAGUAGGAGAGUCUUCCUCAUCUUCACAGGGCUCUUCAGUGUCAGAGUUCUGACACUGGCCCAGGUCUUCUGAAAUGGGAAACCUAGUGAUGCAAAGUACCCUGGAAGGGCAAUCAGAAAGGCCCAAUACAGAAAACCUAUAUUUUUUCAUGGGCAAAAUGGAGGCAUCUAGUUAGUUACUUUAAUUGUUAUUGCCAAGCGUUUGCAUAGCCAUGUUUUUGUUUGCUCACAGUGAUUUCUUCAUUUUGUGGUUCUUUUGGGAAACUUCUCAAACACCAUCUGAACCACAUGGGACGGUGCAUCCCCACCUGUUUCCCCAACAUAGCCAGGCCACAGAGUGGGUGUGACUCACACUGAACUAUCAGAGUAGCCAAAACUUGUUUGGAGAUUUAGGAUGGGGGGAUGGUUACAUGCUCCUAGCUGGACAAAUUAUAGUCUUUCUCAGGACUGAUUUAUGAACUGUGGGAGUGAGACAUCUUUCUGCUGGAAUUCCCAUCUGAGAGGGUAUUAGCCUGAGACUGUCAGCAGCCAUCUUGUUUACCACAUGGAGAAAGACUGUGAGGAAAGAGGCCAAGCUGGGGUCAGCAGAGCUGAGGGAUUGACAGAGCAGUGGAGCCUUGACUGGACUGUUUGAAUUUCUGGAUCUGCUUUGCCUGGAACCAGAUCUACACCUGAACCUCUCAUGUUCAUGAACCAGUAAAGCCCCUGUUUAUAUUAGUGAACCUGAGCUGUUAUCUGAUGGUUGUAUUUCAAGUGGUGACUAACUUUUCUAACAAUCUUCUGAAACCAAGUCCCUGUGAGUUCAGAUGAGCCAUUACCUGUCUUGCAGUGACAUAGCUAAUGGCUCUCCAACCUCCCAUAGGGAUUUUUUUCUGUCGAGCACAACCCCUCUUUUGUGAUAGCUGGUAAUUUGUGUGAGGCCAGUUGUGGGGGUGUAAAACUCUCACUCUAGAGAGUAAGAGGUAUAAACUAUUUUGUAUAAAAUAAGCUACAAGAAUAUAUUGUACAACAUGAGGAAUAUAGCUGAUAUUUUAUAGUAGCUAUAAAUGGAGUAUAACCUCUAGACAUUGUAAGUCAUUAUAUUGUACACCUGUAGCAUAUAAUAUAGUACUGCAACUAUACUUCAGUUAAAAAAAACUCACUGUGUUAUUACUCCAAUAUGAGGAACAAAAACUAAAGCUCAUUGACAUCCAAGAAUCUGCUGUCAGUUUCAAUGGCUGGAAUGUACUUUCCAAGCUGCUUAAGUCCCUUGUAGAGAAAGACCCCCCAAGGGUGAUGGCUGCUGGUUUCUUCCAAAGGUGUCCUUCACCUUGGCUUUUUAGUACUAAGUGAGCUGUUGAAAUUACCCCACAGAAGUCACACUAAAGUAUGAACUAGCCCUGUGACUAUGUAUCAAAUAGCUACUUUGGGGAAGGCAUACAGUAGACUAGUUAAACAUAAAGUUUCUGGAAUCAGCCCGCCUAGGUUUAAAUCUUGGCUUUACAACUUACUAUAUGACUUUUUGUCUCGGUUUUCUUGUCUAUAAAGUGAGGAGAAAUAAGAGUAAUUAGCUCAAAGAGCUGUUGAAAGGAUCAAGUGAGAUCAUGCAUAUAGAGCACGUAAGGGUAGUGCCUGGCACAUAGUAAACUCUCAAAAUAGUUAUCUGCUAUUAUUAUUAUUGAAGAGAAGGGGAUGACAGAGGAUGAGAUGGCUGGAUGGCAUCACCAACUCAAUCGACAUGAGUUUGAGCAAGCUCUGGAAGUUGGUGAUGGACAGAAAAGCCUGGCCUGCUGAGUCCAUGGGGCACAAAGAGUUGGACACGACUGAGCGACUGAACUGAACUUUGUAUGAUGUCCGCAAACAAAGGUUGAUUAUAUACCAUUGAAAUACAAUUUGGUGGAUUAGUCUGGGUUGAUUGCAGUUGAAAGGUCUGAAUCUUAACCAAAAAUUAAAUUCAGAAUAUUAGAAUGAUAAAUUUAUGAGUGUUGAUUUAUGAACAUUGAUUCCCCUAAUUGACUUUUGGUAACCAGUUGAAAGCAUAGAAGUUAAGGAUAAGGACUUGCCUGGCGGUCCAGUGGUUAAGACUCUGCACUUCCAAUGUAGGGGUCUCAGCUUUGAUCCCUGGUUGGGGAACUAAGAUUCCACAUGCUGCACAACAUAGACAAAUAAAUAAAUUUUAAAAAUGUGGAAAAAAAAGAGAAGUUAAGGAUAUAUUUUCCUGGGUAAAUAUGUGAGUGCAAAUAUUUUUUUGUUGUCUAAUUAGGGCAGAUCCAUAUACCCUGACAUUCAGUUAAGAAGAAGGAAGGGUUGAUUUUUUUUCCCCCUAGUUAAAGAAUCCAUUCAGGAGUUAUGUCUUAAUUAUAGAAGGCUAUCCCAACUCCCCAGGGAUGUGGGCUGAGCUAAUAUUUUUCUCAGAAUUCAAUUACUGGUACCUUGCCACACAUAGUUAUAUGGACACCCUCUGGUCCUGAUCAUUUUAGCCAGGGAAAUUUUUAAAGCUGGUAUUUGCAUUCAGUGAACAUUUAAAAAUCUCAAUAAAGCAUUUCUGGAAUGUUUAAACAA